AUGGCAGCGGUAUGUGCCAAAUAUCGAUACUGCAGAUUUGCCCUUAUUCUACUUACAUGUUUCUCUACUUGUUUUGGGAACCCAGAGGUCUAUUACGAGAAACAGCGUUAUGAUGGCUGGUUUAAUAACAGAGCUUAUCCCGAUUGGGGUUCAGUUGGUAGUCGACUUACGAGAAAAACUCCGGCUUCAUAUGCCGAUGGCGUAUAUAUGAUGGCAGGCGUGGACAGGCCCGGGGCCAGGACGUUAUCCAAGAUAUUCAUGCGCGGACAAGAUGGACUGCCGUCGCUUUCUAAUAGAACUGCUUUACUAGCAUUUUUUGGUCAAGUGGUAACUGGUGAAAUAGUAAUGGCGUCAGAGUCAGGGUGCCCAAUCGAACAACACAGAAUCCCAGUAGACAAAUGUGAUCACAUGUACGACCCUGAGUGCCGCGGCGCUAUGUACAUGCCCUUCCAUAGAGCGGCGUACGAUAGAUCUACUGGCCAAAGUCCUAACAGUCCUCGAGAGCAAAUAAACCAGAUAACGUCGUGGAUCGACGGCAGUUUCGUGUACAGCACAAGCGAGGCCUGGGUGAAUGCAAUGAGGUCAUUUCAGAACGGGAGCCUCGCUAGUGAAGGAGGAUUGCCUUUACGCAAUACGAAACGUGUACCACUCUUCAAUAAUCCAGUCCCUCAUUACAUGCGGAUGCUUAGUCCGGAAAGGCUAUUCUUAUUGGGCGAUCCACGUACAAAUCAAAACCCUGCUAUGGUAACAUUCGGUAUACUGCUGAUGCGUUGGCACAAUGUAGUAGCGGCGCGAAUACACCGUCAGCAUCCAGACUGGAGUGAUGAGCAACUGUUUCAAAGAGCCAGGAGAAUAGUUAUUGCAAGUUUACAGAACAUCAUCCUGUACGAAUAUGUGCCAGCAUUUUUAGGGAUACCAAUUCCUCCAUAUGCUGGAUAUCGCGCAGAGGUCGCUCCGGGAGUGACUCACGCUUUCGCGGUGGCGGCGUUCCGUUUUGGACAUACGUUAGUGCCUCCAGCAAUAUUGCUUAGAGAUAGAAACUGCAGAUACAGUAGGGCGCCCGGAGGACAUGAUGCUGUAAGGCUGUGUCAGACUUGGUGGGAUGGCAAUGAUGUAAUGUCUCAAGUACCAAUAGAAGAAGUUUUGAUGGGAAUGGCGUCACAGUUAUCAGAGCGUGAAGAUGCCUUACUAUGUUCUGAUGUUAGAGAUAAUCUCUUUGGACCCAUGGAAUUUUCCAGAAGAGAUCUUGGAGCUUUAAAUAUUAUGAGAGGAAGAGAUAACGGCCUACCUGAUUAUAAUACAGCAAGAGAAUAUUUUGGUCUUCCGAGAGUAAAAACAUUCAACGAAAUCAAUCCUCAACUUUUCGAAGACAAUCCGGACUUGCUACAGAAUUUGAUACAAAUUUAUGAGGGCAGACUUGACAAUAUUGAUGUUUAUAUUGGUGGAAUGCUUGAAUCAACUGGUCAUCCUGGAGAACUAUUUCGAGCUAUUAUCAUAGAUCAGUUUACGAGAAUACGAGAUGCUGAUAGAUUUUGGUUCGAAAAUGAAGUUAACGGCAUAUUUACGCCUGAAGAAAUAAAAGAGCUACGAAAAAUAACUUUAUGGGACAUCAUAGUGAAUAGUACCGCAGUGGGACCGAACGACAUUCAGCGCGACGUGUUCCACUGGGCCGACGGUGACCCUUGCCGUCAGCCUUACCAGCUCAAUGCUUCUAAGCUGCCACCCUGCAAAUAUCUUAAGGGAUAUGAUUAUUUUGAGGGUAACGAGUUUGCGUAUAUCUAUACCUGCUUGAUACUAGCAUUUGUCCCGAUACUUUGCGCAGGCGCUGGUUAUGGUGUAGUGAAAUUACAAAAUAGUCGUCGCCGACGGCUUAAAAUGCAGCAAGAGCAUUUGAAGAAUGCUGAACAGAAAGGCACAGUAGAUAAAAUGGUAUGCCGAGAAUGGGUGCACGCUUCACACAAAAGAUUAGUAAAACUAAGGCUUGGACCCGAACCUGCGCUACACGUGACUGACCGUAAGGGAGACAAAUUAAGGACUCUGCCAUUACAAAAUACAGAUCAUCUUACUAUCAUUGAAAGUCAGGAGAGCCGCAAUAAACGUCCUCUAGUUCUGAUCCGAGUGCAGCGAGAGCAUGAUCUCGUAUUAGAGAUGGAUUCAGUUGCUUCCAGGCGUAAAUUUCUCGUUAAAUUAGACACUUUCCUUGCUCAGCACAAAAAAGCAUUGAAUCUGACUCAGGGUCACCGAGAGCAAAUAUUGAUAUCUGCAGAAACGAGAGAGCGAAGACAACGGAAACUAGAACAUUUCUUUAGAGAAGCUUAUGCUAUAACUUUUGGCUUGGCGCCUGGAGAGAAAAGAAGAAGAUCAGAAGAUUCUGACCCAGAGUCAAUAGUAAUGAGGACAUCUUUAUCAAAAAGUGAAUUCGCAAACGCACUUGGAAUGAAAGCGGAUGCAGUUUUUGUUACGAAAAUGUUCAACAUUGUUGAUAAAGACGGAGAUGGAAGAAUUUCAUUCCAGGAAUUCUUGGAUACUGUAGUAUUAUUUUCUCGUGGAGCAACCGAAGAUAAGCUUCGUAUAAUAUUCGAUAUGUGCGACAACGAUAGAAACGGUGUCAUUGAUAAGGAAGAACUUAGCGAAAUGCUGCGGUCUCUUGUAGAAAUCGCAAGAACCACGUCAUUGAGGGAUGAACAUGUUACAGAACUUAUUGAUGGAAUGUUCUUAGAUGCCGGUCUUCAACAUAAAGAUGACCUUACAUAUUCAGACUUCAAAGUAAUGAUGAAGGAAUAUAAAGGAGAAUUUGUAGCUAUUGGAUUGGAUUGCAAAGGCGCUAAGCAAAAUUUCCUGGACACUUCCACUAACGUCGCUAGGAUGACUAGCUUCCAUAUAGAACCGUCGAUGGAACAAUCUAGGCACUGGUUCCUCCUUAAAUGGGACUAUUUGGUAACAUUCUUAGAAGAAAAUCGACAAAAUAUAUUUUAUCUAUUCGUAUUUUACGUUGUUACUAUUGGUCUCUUUGUGGAGAGAUUCGCGCAUUACUCCUUUAUGUCAGAACAUUUGGAUUUAAGGCAUAUAAUGGGAGUCGGAAUUGCGAUAACUCGAGGCUCUGCCGCCUCUUUGUCUUUCUGCUACAGUUUGUUACUAUUGACAAUGUCAAGGAAUCUGUUAACUAAGUUAAAGGAAUUUAGCAUCCAACAAUACAUACCAUUGGACUCCAGUAUCCAGUUUCACAAGAUAGUAGCUUGCACUGCACUCUUCUUCUCCCUGCUCCACACGGCCGGGCAUAUGGUCAACUUCUACCACGUUUCUACUCAGCCAGUAGAAAAUUUGCGUUGUUUGACUAAAGAAGUACAUUUCACAUCAGAUUUUAGACCUGGCAUCACUUAUUGGGUCUUCCAAACAAUAACAGGUGUAACCGGAGUUCUGCUCUUCAUAAUCAUGUGCAUAAUCUUCAUCUUCGCACACCCCGUUAUCCGCAAGCGCGCGUAUCCGUGGUUUUGGCGCGCGCACUCGUUGCAUGUUGCGUUGUACGCGCUAUGCCUCGUGCACGGGCUGGCCCGCCUCACUGGGGCUCCCAGGUUCUGGAUUUUCUUCCUCGGCCCAGCCAUAAUUUAUAUAUUGGAUAAAGUGGUGUCCUUACGUACGAAAUACCUAGCUUUAGAUGUGUUAGAAACAGAAAUGUUACCCUCUGAUGUUAUUAAAAUUAAGUUUUAUCGACCUCCAAAUCUCAAAUAUUUAUCUGGCCAAUGGGUGCGUCUCGCUUGUACUGCCUUCAAGAAAGAAGAAUUCCACUCAUUCACCCUGACGUCGGCUCCGCACGAAAACUUCCUCUCCUGCCACAUCAAAGCGCAGGGACCGUGGACUUGGAAACUUAGAAAUUAUUUUGAUCCUUGCAAUUACAAUCCGGAAAAUCAACCAAAAAUACGGAUCCAAGGUCCAUUUGGCGGAGGCAAUCAAGACUGGUACAAAUUCGAAGUAGCGGUGAUGGUUGGCGGCGGCAUCGGUGUCACUCCAUACGCGUCCAUUCUGAACGACCUGGUGUUUGGCACGUCUACUAACAGAUAUUCUGGAGUUGCUUGUAAGAAGGUAUAUUUCCUAUGGAUCUGUCCAUCGCACAAGCAUUUCGAGUGGUUCAUCGACGUGCUGCGCGACGUCGAGCGCAAGGACGUCACCAACGUUCUCGAGAUACACAUAUUCAUCACACAGUUCUUCCACAAAUUCGAUCUCAGGACUACGAUGCUCUAUAUUUGUGAGAACCACUUCCAAAGGCUGUCCCGCACGUCGAUGUUCACCGGUUUGAAAGCGGUGAAUCACUUCGGGCGGCCGGAUAUGUCUUCCUUCCUCAAAUUUGUGCAGAAGAAACAUAGCUAUGUAUCUAAAAUCGGUGUAUUUUCUUGCGGUCCACGGCCGCUCACUAAGUCAAUAAUGUCUGCGUGUGAACAAGUCAACCGCACGAGGAGACUUCCAUAUUUCAUACACCAUUUUGAAAACUUCGGU